GAAAGAAAGUUACUAGAAUUAUGAGCACAUGUCUAAAAUUUGUUAUAAAACAUUGAAUGUUUAUGAAGUUACGAUUUACCUUAUUAUAUUAAUCUAAGUACUAAAUUAAAGUAUUUAAUUUGAACUUUAGGGUUGGUGACUGUAAUAUUAUUGAUAUCUAAUUAAUAUAUUAUAUAUAUACUUACUUGAUAACUAUAGCUGUAUCCUGUAUCAACACGUGCAAAAUGAUGUAAAUAUUUAUGAAUUAACAGGUAUAUUGUUACUGUUAUGACAACAGCACAGGAAAUAUAUUGAUGUGAAUUAAUUAAGAGAUCAUUAUUGUAAUGUCAUGAGUACUUUAAGUGUAAAUUUGUCUAUACCUUUCCCAUCAGCAAGAGAAGCAGAAAUUGCUUAUCAAGUACUUAGAGUUGAUCAAGAGCCUUCAAGAGGUGGUAGUACCAAAGAUUUGACAUUAAAAAAUAAUAUUUUACAAGUAUUAAUAUCCGGAACUGAGGCUCGAAAGGUCAGAGUGGCAUUAACAUCAUUUUUUGAUAGUUUAAUUUUAGUAACAGAAACUAUGCAGCAGUUUGGACCACCUGAACCAAGUUUUAAUUAUUAUUAAGUUUAACGUAUUGGCCAUCCAAAUAUUGGGCUGUAGCAAUUCCAGUUUGGGCCUUAACUGCUCUUGCUACAUUUGCAUUUAUUGUUUACCC